GAUUCAAACACAGUUGAAGCCCAUCUCUUGUCAUGGCUUUCAGAUAAGAUCAUUAUACACAGAGAUCUGAAACCAAGUAGCAUUUAAUUUUUUAAACUAAGAGGAAAUUAUAAUCAGUCUUAGUUCUCAAUUAUGGCAUCAAGAUCGUCAAAAUCAUUCAAGGCAAGCCGAUCAUCUCUCUCAGCAAUGUCUGAUGCACAAGAAGGCCAGAAGCCCCCUUUACCUCCGACUGUGACAUUUGGCCGGAGAACAUCUUCGGGUCGCUACGUCAGUUACUCUAGAGAUGAUCUUGACAGUGAGUUAGGGAGUGGUGACUACAUGAAUUAUACAGUGCAUUUACCACCAACCCCUGAUAACCAACCUAUGGAUGUAUCAAUCUCACAGAAAGUUGAGGAGCAAUAUGUGUCAAAUUCACUCUUCACGGGUGGCUUUAACAGUGUUACUCGAGCCCAUCUAAUGGAUAAGGUGAUAGAAUCGGAAGCUAACCAUCCACAGAUGGCUGGUGCAAAAGGAUCUUCCUGUGCAGUUCCUGGUUGUGAUUCUAAAGUGAUGAGUGAUGAACGUGGUGCCGAUAUUCUUCCAUGUGAGUGUGAUUUUAAGAUAUGUAGAGAUUGUUAUAUAGAUGCAGUGAAAACCGGAGAUGGGAUGUGCCCAGGAUGCAAGGAGCCAUAUAAGAACACAGAACUAGAUGAAGUGGCAAUGGAUAAUGGACUAGAUGAUGUGGCCAUGGAUAAUGGACGACCUCUUCCACUUCCUCCACCGAGUGGAAUGUCUAAAAUGGAGAGGAGAUUGUCCAUAAUGAAGUCAACGAAAUCAGGAUUAAUGAGGAGCCAAACUGGAGACUUCGAUCAUAAUAGGUGGCUCUUUGAAACAAAGGGGACUUAUGGCUAUGGCAAUGCUAUAUGGCCAAAGGAAGGAGGUUUUGGAAAUGAAAAAGAGGAUGAUGCUGUUGAGCCAACUGAGUUGAUGAGCAGACCCUGGAGGCCACUUACACGGAAACUCAAGAUACCUGCUGCUAUUCUGAGCCCAUAUCGUCUUAUCAUUUUUGUUCGUUUGGUUGUUUUGGCACUGUUCCUGGAAUGGAGGAUCAAACACAAAAAUACUGAUGCAGUCUGGCUAUGGGGCAUGUCUGUUGUUUGUGAGAUAUGGUUUGCUUUUUCCUGGCUUCUCGAUCAGCUGCCCAAACUAUGCCCAGUAAAUCGUUCCACAGAUCUUAAUGUUCUGAAGGAGAAAUUCGAAACACCAACUCCGAACAAUCCUACUGGAAAGUCUGAUCUUCCAGGCAUAGAUAUCUUUGUCUCCACUGCUGAUCCUGAGAAAGAACCACCUCUUGUCACUGCAAACACUAUCUUGUCUAUUUUAGCUACUGAUUACCCUGUUGAGAAGCUUUCUUGCUAUGUUUCUGAUGAUGGAGGUGCCCUUCUAACCUUUGAGGCAAUGGCUGAAGCUGCCAGCUUUGCUAAUGUAUGGGUUCCCUUUUGCCGUAAACAUGAUAUAGAGCCCCGGAAUCCUGAAUCAUACUUCAACUUGAAGAGAGACCCUUACAAAAACAAAGUGCGGCCAGAUUUUGUCAAGGAUCGCAGACGGGUGAAGCGUGAAUAUGAUGAGUUUAAGGUUAGGAUCAAUAGUCUUCCUGAAUCUAUUCGUCGCCGGUCAGAUGCCUAUCAUGCAAGAGAGGAAAUCAAGGCCAUGAAAGUUCAGAGACAAAACAGGGAGGAUGAACCUUUAGAAACAGUAAAGAUUCCAAAAGCAACAUGGAUGGCUGAUGGAACUCAUUGGCCAGGUACUUGGUUGAGUCCUACAUCUGAGCACUCUAAGGGUGAUCAUGCUGGUAUAAUUCAGGUCAUGUUGAAACCUCCCAGCGAUGAGCCUCUUAUAGGAAGUUCUGCCGAUACAAACCUCAUUGACCUGACUGAUGUUGAUAUCCGUCUUCCCCUUCUUGUUUAUGUUUCUCGAGAGAAGCGUCCAGGCUAUGAUCACAACAAAAAGGCAGGGGCCAUGAAUGCCUUGGUCCGAGCCUCGGCUAUAAUGUCUAAUGGUCCUUUUAUACUCAAUCUAGACUGUGACCACUAUAUCUACAACUCAAAGGCAAUGAGGGAAGGCAUGUGCUUUAUGAUGGAUCGUGGAGGUGACCGCCUUUGUUAUGUCCAGUUUCCCCAGAGGUUUGAGGGCAUUGAUCCCUCAGAUAGAUAUGCUAAUCAUAAUACUGUCUUCUUUGAUGUCAAUAUGCGAGCCCUCGAUGGACUUCAAGGGCCAGUCUAUGUGGGAACUGGUUGCCUCUUCAGACGGAUUGCACUAUACGGUUUUGAUCCACCCCGCUCUAAAGAACACCACACAGGUUGCUGUAGUUGUUGCUUUGGUCGUAAGAAGAAGCAUGCAUCCAUGGCAAGCACCGCGGAAGAGAGUCGUGCACUGAGAAUGGGUGAUUCUGAUGACGAAGAAAUGAAUCUAUCUUUGUUCCCUAAGAAGUUUGGAAACUCAACUUUCCUCAUUGACUCAAUUCCAGUUGCAGAGUUCCAAGGCCGGCCACUAGCUGAUCACCCUGCGGUGAAAAAUGGACGGCCACCCGGUGCUCUCACCAUACCCCGCGAGCUUCUUGAUGCAUCAACUGUAGCAGAGGCCAUAAGUGUCAUCUCCUGUUGGUAUGAGGACAAGACUGAGUGGGGAAAUCGUGUUGGAUGGAUCUAUGGGUCUGUGACUGAGGAUGUGGUCACCGGGUAUAGGAUGCACAAUAGGGGAUGGAAAUCAGUUUACUGUGUGACCAAGCGCGAUGCCUUCCGUGGAACUGCUCCCAUCAAUCUCACUGACAGGCUGCAUCAGGUCCUUAGAUGGGCUACUGGCUCAGUUGAAAUAUUUUUUUCGCGAAACAAUGCCCUUCUAGCUAGCCCAAGAAUGAAAUUUCUUCAAAGAAUUGCAUACCUCAACGUUGGAAUUUACCCAUUCACAUCCAUAUUCUUAAUUGCCUACUGCUUCCUUCCAGCACUAUCUCUCUUCACUGGCCAGUUUAUUGUUCAAACCCUCAAUGUUACAUUUCUUUCUUAUCUCUUGGGGAUCACUAUUACUUUGUCCAUACUUGCAGUGCUUGAAAUUAAGUGGUCUGGCAUUGAGCUAGAAGAAUGGUGGAGAAAUGAACAGUUUUGGUUGAUUGGAGGGACCAGUGCCCAUCUAGCUGCUGUGCUUCAAGGUUUGCUCAAAGUCGUAGCAGGGAUUGAAAUCUCAUUCACCUUGACUUCAAAAUCUGGUGGUGAUGAUGUGGAUGAUGAGUUUGCUGAUCUCUAUAUUGUGAAAUGGACAUCACUUAUGAUUCCACCAAUCACAAUUAUGAUGGUUAACUUAAUAGCAAUAGCAGUUGGAGUUAGCAGAACCAUAUAUAGUGUGAUACCACAAUGGAGCCGUCUACUGGGUGGUGUUUUCUUCAGUUUUUGGGUGUUGGCUCAUCUCUACCCUUUUGCAAAAGGUUUGAUGGGAAGAAGAGGGAGGACACCUACCAUUGUUUUUGUAUGGUCAGGCCUUGUAGCAAUCACAAUCUCUCUACUGGUCGUGGCAAUCAAUCCCCCUGCUGGUUCUACCCAAAUUGGGGGUUCAUUCCAGUUCCCAUGAUAUGUCAUUCUUUUUGUCAGAAUUAUUGUUUGUUUAUAAUUACUUUUUUCUCUUGAUUCAACAUCUUAAUGCUACUAGUGAAUGGAACCAAAUUUAUGCUGUCU